AUGCAGCUCUUUUUAAUAGACGAAAAUUCCCAUACUCAGACGGUCCGACUCCUUUCAACUAAAGUUGUCGCCGAUUAUGAUUGUACAUUUGAACAAGACAUGUGCGGUUGGACACAAGGUCAAAAUACUUCGCUCGAUUGGUUUCGUGAACAACCAGCAUCGAACCCUCUGGCCGGUAUUACUGGUCCAUUGGCAGAUCAUACAUAUGCAAACACCACAGGGUAUUAUGCAGCGUCAAAACUACCACUUUCUGUGAUCCGUUUAGAUGCUAUUCAUAUAUCAGCUUUAGUGAGUCCACGUUUACCAAAUAAUAUUUCAAAUUCAAUAUGUGCGCAAUGGUGGUAUAUGAUGGUUGGCACACAGAAAACGGUACUAAGUUUGAAUUUAAUUUCUAAUGAAAACUUAACUUCAAAACAAUCCGUGUGGAUAAAAGCAGGUGAUCAAGGACGUCAUUGGCAACAUGGUCAAGUACAAAUAGUACCAGGAAAUAAUAUAACACGUGUUAUUUAUGAAGUUGUUGCAGAUAGUCUAUCAGACGUUUCAUUAGAUGACCUUGAACUUAUUGAUGGACCUUGUAUCAGACCGGUUUAUUCAAUGAAUUGUACAUUUGAAGAAAAACAUAUUUGUGGUUAUUCAUCUGAUCCAUCUGGACAAUUAGCAUGGAUUAGAGAUCGAGGAUCAACAGUAACAUUAUUUACUGGUCCUAAUCAUACACUCGGAACAGCGCAAGGUUACUUUAUGUAUAUCGAUGCAUCAAGUUCACAAAAACCGGGUGAUAAAGGUCGAUUAGUAUCUAUUAUUGAACAACCGGUAAACGGUCGUUGUUUGGAAUUUUGGUAUCACAUGUAUGGUAAAAAUAUUGGUCAGUUGAAUGUUUAUAUUACUACGAAUGCAUCUGGUAAUUAUGUAAGAACACUACUCUGGUCACGCGGUGCUAAUGUCGGGAAUGUGUGGAGAAAAGCACAUAUUUCAACUGAAAACAUAAAUCCAUUUCGUGUUGUAUUCGAAGGUGUUAUUGGUAAUGGUUAUGAAGGUGAUAUUGCUAUUGAUGAUAUUGCACGUUUAGCUAAAUCAUGUAAAGAACCCAAUAAUUGUGAUUAUGAAGAUGUUACAUUUUGUGCAUGGGAAAAUGUUCAAAAAACUGAUCAAUUCGAUUGGGAGAUAACAAAUGGUUCAUCAUCAAGUACAUUAUCUAGUGGUCCAUUGUUUGAUCAUACGGUUGGAACAGGCGAUGGUUCAUAUGCAUUUAUUGAUACAAGUCAAACAAGAAAAAUCAACGAUACCGCUAUACUUAUAUCACAAUCAAUAACUGAUACUGGUUCAAAUGGAUUAUGUAUGAAAUUUUUCUAUCAUAUGUAUGGUGUAGGUAUUGGUGUAUUGACAGUUUAUUUACAAAAAGAAGGUUAUCAGCCAAUGUCCAUAUGGACAUUAUCGGGCGAACAAGAGGAUAAUUGGUUACAAGGAAAAGUCGGUUUUGUUAUGAAUUCCGAACAUUCAAUAAUAAUUGAAGCUAAAGUAACUAGUGAAAGCGGUGACGGCAAUAUAGGUAUUGAUGAUAUAUCAAUCACAAACGGUUAUUGCCCAACAUUUCCAGCAUAUGCUACACCGGCCGAUGCUUUAACAACAGCAACACCAGCAAUAACAACAAUGAUGACAACUCCGCCAUGUCUAUCAAAUGCAUUUGAUUGUGAUUUUGAAAAUGAUACAUGUUCAUCAUGGCAGUUAACUUAUGAAUCUGAACUUAGUUGGACAAGAAUUCAGGCUAUAGAAGCUUCACAAGAAGAUGCAGAUAAUUCAAUUUAUGAUCAUACAGGAAAUAAUAUAAAUGGAUAUUAUCUUUUACUGAAAUCAAACAAAACAAAACCCUUUCCAAAUAAUAGUGUCUCAACUCAAUAUCGUAGUUUAACAAUGAAUAAUAAUCGUCAAUGUUUAGAAUUUUGGUAUUUUAUGUAUGGUUCACAUGUUGGAAUAUUAAGUGUUUUAAUAUCAUCGGGCUUACUUUCUCAAUUACGAUGGACAGCAACAGGUGGAAAAGGUUAUGAAUGGUAUCAUGCACAAGUUAAUCUUCAAUCAUCACUACUCAAUUCAACACAAUUUAAUGUUGAUAUUGAAGGAAUAUGGUCAGCAGAUAAUCAUGGUUCAAUUGCUAUUGAUGAUAUAAUUCUUCUUAAUGGUACAUGUAAAACAUCACCUGAUCAAUGUGAUUUCGAUUCUGAUAAUUCAAUUUGUGGAUUUCAAUAUAGUUCAACAGGACAAUUUAAUUGGAUACGUAGUUUAGCAUCUGUAGUCAAUUCAAAUGUUGACCACUCAACUCAAACUACUGCAGGUUAUUAUAUGUUAGCCGAAGGAAAAAAUCGUAAUGUAAAUGAUCGUGCAUUACUUUUAACACCAAGACAAGAUCGUACAACAGGUUCAUGUUUACAAUUUUGGUAUUUUGAACAUGCAUUAACACAACAAUUGAAAUUAAAUAUUGUUCUAUCACCGCAAAGUUCAUUACUUUGGUCUCAUGCUGGUAGUUCAUCUAAUCGUUGGUUAUAUGCAGAAAUAAAUAUUCACAGUCCCAGUCAAUCAUGGCAAGCUGUAUUUGUAGCUGAAGUAUUAACACAAAAUUUAAAUGCUAGUGUUGCUAUUGAUGAUGUAUCAAUUACAAGAGGCUCAUGUCCAAAAGUCGGAGAUUGUACAUUUGAAAUUGAUUUAUGUGGUUGGAUAAAUGAUGAUGUUGAUGUUGAAAUGGAUUGGCUUGUAGGAAAUGGUGUACAUUCAUGGGGAACUGGACCUCUAUUUGAUCAUACAACUAAUAUAGCAGAAGGAAAAUAUUUAAUGAUUGAAACGUCAGCUCCAACAAAACCAGGCGAUCGUGCACGAUUAAAGAGUGUUGUUUUUGAUGGAACAAAUGGUGAGGCAAGAUGUUUUAGAUUUUGGUAUCAUAUGUACGGUGAUUCAAUAGCAACAUUGAAUAUUUAUCUUUUCAAUGCUUCUUAUAAUCGUAUAUGGUCACUUUCUGGUAAUCGAGGUAAUAAUUGGUAUGAAGGACAAGUAUCAUAUGUAUCACUGGUUCCACAUCAAAUUCUUGUCGAAGGUAUUACUGGAAGAGACUAUACGGUAAGAAUAUAUUAG